GGGGGCUCGGUGGGAGAGGCUCGGUUUAUCCUAUGUUAAUCCAAUGGGGGAAAGUGUCCCAGAAACGGUAGUUUCCUACUACUCAUAGAUUUUAUGCUACAUGAUACCAUUUUGACCUUCACCUGUCUCCAUGAUCAGGAUGGACGCAAGGAAUAUUCUUUGUGUAUCUCCCCAGAUGAGUAUCCACGAAACAGUGUUCUCACAGACCAUGCCGAAAACGAGACUACAAACCUUGUACAUAAACCAAUCCAUGUGUUGUUGCUUCAAAUUCAACAUGAGCUGAUUGGUAAACAGAAGAAGGAGAGUACAGAGAAUGAUACAGGCAUCGGCUACAAUGGGUUUAAAAGCGAAGAGUCGGACAAUUCUGACUACAAGGAAUGUGUGUCUGGUGAUGAUGAUGAUGAUGGUGAUGAGGAUUAUGACUAUGAUGAUAUAGAGAAUGAUCAAGAGGAAAAAAUAAAUAGCCAGUUGGCUGAGGACAUGGACCACGUUCAUCUUCUCUAUGGAGAUCGUUCCCUGUCAUACACAUUGCUUGAGUCUAUUGGUGAAAUUACUGUGGAGAUGAAUAUACCAAUAUCCUUCCUUUACGCUGAUACUGCUGAAGCGUGGAAUCUUGAUCUAGACAACCCACUGACUGUGAGAUUGGACCUAUCGUCUGUUAUCUACCUCGAUCAGAAAGAUCCUCCAAAUGUAAAAGUUUUUCAACCCUCAAGAAAAGGAAAAUUUGGAUUGGGGAUUCAACUUACAAAGUAA